CGGUCUUGGUAUUGGUGUAUUAACAUCAUCAUUACAAGCUUAUAAUGUUGAAUUGGACGUGGUUGAACUUGAUCCGGUGGUUUAUGAUUUUGCUAUAAAUUAUUUUAAUCUGAAGCAUGAGCAUAAAAUAUAUCUUCAGGAUGGUCGUAAAUUCAUUGAUAAUGCAGAUGCUCAAACAUAUGAUUAUGUAUUACAUGAUGUAUUUACUGGAGGAUCAGUACCAUCAGCUUUAUUUUCGAUUGAAGCUUUGGAACAGAUUAAGAGAAUACUUAAGACAAACGGCGUUUUAGCACUGGUAUUUAAAAACGGACAAUAG